AUGAGUAAAAAGACGUCAGAUAAAUGGUGCGAAAUAUGUGGCGAUAGCGCUGUCGGGAGAAAUUUUGGUGCAAUCACUUGCGUGUCGUGUAAAGCUUUCUUCAGACGAAACGCAAUCAAAGAUGUGGUUUGUUAUUUAGAGGACAAAUGUGUGAUUGAAGUGAAAACCCGAAAACUUUGCAAAAAGUGUCGUUUCGAAAAGUGCCUUGCUGCUGGAAUGAGAAAGGAAUUCAUACAAAACAAAGAGCAGAAGGAAUUGAGAAGAAUUACAAUCGAAGAAAACAAGCGAAAGAAAGCCGACCGACGGGACAGUAAUGACAAUAAGAUACAGGAGUCG